GGCCUCUGCUAAUUCCUACCAGCUGCAUGAAUUGCUUUCACUUUCAAUUUCGGUUUUACUGCCCCAUUCCAUUUAUGGAAAUGACUAACUUCCUCAGCUCUUUUUUCCCUUUAUAAAGGAAGGACACAAAAGAAAGUAGAAGGAAGAAAGAGAGCAAGGAGAUUGUGAGAGGCAACUGAAAACUGAAAACUUGGACCUGUGGUGCUGUAGAGCAGGAGGCUCUUCUAGGUUGGCAGUUGCCAUGGAAUCUGGACCCAACAUGUUGACUCCCAUUUGCCUGGUGGAAAACAUCAAUGAACAGCUGUCAGUGAACCAGCAAGCUAUACAGAUUCUUGACCAGAUUUCUCAGCCAGUGGUGGUGGUGGCCAUUGUUGGACUGUACCGUACAGGCAAAUCCUACUUGAUGAACCGUUUGGCAGGAAAGAAUAAUGGCUUUCCUCUGGGCUCCACGGUGCAGUCUGAAACCAAGGGCAUCUGGAUGUGGUGUGUGCCCCACCCCUUCAAGCCAAACCACACCCUGGUCCUUCUGGAUACCGAGGGUCUGGGUGAUGUGGAAAAGGGUGACCCUAAGAAUGACUCCUGGAUUUUUGCCCUGGCUGUUCUCCUGUGUAGCACUUUUGUGUAUAAUAGCAUGAGCACCAUCAAUCACCAGGCCCUGGAGCAGCUGCAUUAUGUGACAGAACUCACAGAACUAAUUAAGUCGAAGUCAUCCCCAAGUUCAGAUGAAGCAGAUGAUUCCACAGAGUUUGUGAGUUUCUUUCCAGACUUUAUUUGGACUGUACGGGAUUUCACCCUGGAGCUAAAGUUGAACGGUUGCACUAUCACAGCAGAUCAGUACCUGGAGAAUGCCUUAAAGCUGAUUCAAGGUAGGAAUCCCAGAGUCCAAAUGUCCAAUUUGCCCAGGGAAUGCAUCAGGCAUUUCUUUCCAAGACGGAAGUGUUUUGUCUUUGACCGGCCAACAAAUGACAAAGACCUUCUAGCCAAUAUCGAGAAGGUGUCAGAAAAGCAACUGGAUCCUAAAUUCCAGGAGCAAACAAACAUUUUCUGUUCUUAUGUCUUCACACAUGCAAGGACCAAGACCCUCAAAGAGGGAAUCAUAAUCACUGGGAAUCGGCUAGGGACUUUGGUGGUGACCUAUGUAGACACCAUCAACAGUGGAGCAGUGCCCUGUUUGGAGAACGCAGUGACAACUCUGGCCCAGCGGGAGAACUCAGCUGCUGUGCAGAAGGCAGCUGACUACUACAAGCAGCAGAUGACUCAGCAAGUGAAGUUCCCCACAGACACACUCCAGGAGCUGCUGGAUGUGCACGCUGCCUGUGAGAGGGAAGCCAUUGCAAUCUUCAUGGAGCACUCCUUCAAGGAUGAAAACCAGGAAUUCCAGAAGAUGCUUGUGAAAAGCAUAGCGAGUAAGAAGGAGGAUUUCUUGCUGCAGAAUGAAGAGUCAUCUGUUCAGUACUGCCAGGCUAAACUCAAUGAGCUCUCAAAGGCCCUAAUGGAAAGUAUUUCAGCAGGAAGUUUCUCUGUUCCUGGAGGUCACAAGCUCUAUACGGACGAAAAGGAAAAGAUUGAACAGAACUAUUGGCAAGUGCCCAGGAAAGGAGUAAAGGCAAGAGAGGUCUUCCAGAUAUUUUUGCAGUCUCAGGCGGCAAUAGAGACAUCCAUCCUGCAGGCAGAUAAAGCCCUUACUGAUCGGGAAAAGGCAGUAGCAGCGGAGCGGGCCAAGAAGGAGGUAGCUGAGAAGGAACAGGAGCUUUUAAAACAGCAAUUACAGGAGCAGAAGCAACAGAUGGAGGCUCAAGAGAAGACUCUUAAGGAAAAUAUAGCCCAGCUGAAAGAGAAGCUGGAGAAAGAAAGAGAAGAAAUACUGAAAGAGCAGAAUAUGAUGUUGGAGCACAAGUUGCAGACCCAAAAGAAUUUGCUUGAAGAAGGAUUUAAGAAGAAAUCUGAGGAGAUGAAUGCAGAGAUAAAUCAAUUAAAAAACAAGAUUGAUACAGCAAAAACUGAUAAUAGAUCCUGGAUUGCACGAACCUUGGACAGCCUUGGCAGUGCGAUAAUUUCUGCAGUAGUCCCUGCUGAUGGUAAAAUAUUUGAUCUGGUUGUCAAAGGCGUAGGUUCACUAUUUAAAAAUAAAUCUAAAUAAAAUAUUGUAGAUUGUGGAUACAUACUUUGACAUACUUUUGGUCUAUAUGUUUUCCAUUUUCAUUCAGCAAUAUUUUAAAUAUAAAAAGUACUUACUGAAGGAUAUUAGUGCCUGGCCCACAUGAGAUAGAAUGGAUGCAUGCACACUUUGAAUAACCAUGUUCACUUUUAGGAAAUAUAAAUUUGCAAAACCAUUUACAAAUAGUGGGUACACUAAGGCAUUGCUUUUAAUGGCAAAAUAUUGGAAAGUAUGUGAAUGUCCUUCAUGUAAGAUUGGAAAUAUAAAUUUGUUUGUACAUAUGCUGGGAUAUUAUAUAACCAGUAUAAAAAUUGUCAGUGGAGUUCUAUUUUGACUACUACAGAAUAGUCUUGAAGUUACAUUAUAAAGUGAAAAAGGAAACAAGAUGCAAAGCAGUGUGGAUUAUCUUAUCACUAAGGUAAAAUGCAAUUAUUAUAUGCAAACAUGCAAAUAUACACAUAAAAUAUCUCUAGAAGGAUUACUGAAAAUCUGCUAUUAUUGGCACCUUUUGGGACAAAUCAGAUGGAAUUAGGGAUUGAAGGGACACAUACUUAUCAUUGUAUUCCAGCUUUUGAAUUUUGUAAGGCAAGCUUAUUUUUCAAUAAUAUUUUACCUGUACAACAUUAUCUUGUAAAAUAAGAAAAUUAAAAAAAUAAAUACAUGUAUCAUUUUA